AUGAUACUUUCUAAAAGUAUCCAAGAAUAUAUAUCAAUAAUAUUAAUAAUGCAGCAAACGUGGCUAUAA